AUGGCGACCAGUGGCACCACCCUCGCGGCCAUCCCCGAGGGCCGGUCGGCCUCCGGCGCGCCGCCGCGGAAGCGGCGCAAGGCCGCGUCGGCGGCCGUGCUCGGCUACCUCGACUCGCUGCCGUGCGCGACGCAGUACGAGUCGUCCUACAUGCACCGCGACGUCGUGUCCCACGCCGUCGUCGCGAACCGCACGGCGUUCCUCGCGACGGCGUCGGAGGACGGCCACGUCAAGUUCUGGAAGAAGAUGCAGGAGGGCAUCGAGUUCGUCAAGCACUACCACGCGCACGUCGGCCCCGUGUCGGAGAUGGCCGCGUCGUUCGACGGCCUGUGGCUGGCGACGACGGGCGGCGACGGCGCGGCGAAGCUCUACGACGUCGCGUCCUUCGACAUGGCCUGCAUCCUGCGGACGAAGAAGAUGGCCGAGCCCUACGUGCCCGGCUGCGUCGCGUGGCUGCAGACGGAGGCGCGGCCGGCGCCGCGCGUCGCCGUCUGCGACGCGGCGGAGGCCGCGGCGGUGCGCGUCUACGGCGCGCCGGCCUUCGAGGAGUGCGCGCGCGUCCGCGUGCACCCCGCGGCGCCCGUCGUGGCGCUGUGCUUCCUCGACGCGCUGGACCUGUGCGUGUCCGCGGACGCGCGCGGCAUCCAAGAAACGGCGGCGGACCUGCCGACGGACGUCGUCACCUUCAAGCGCAAGGUCGACACGGACCUCUACGCGCUGGCUAAGGCCAAGGUCGCGCCGUGCCGCGUCGCCGGGUCGCGCGACGGCUCGAAGUUCGCCGUGACGUGCGCCGACGCGACCGUGCGCCUCUUCGACACGCGCACGGGCAAACUCCUGCGCACGCUUGACGAGCGCGUCGAUAGUUUGGAUGCGAAGCGGUCCCACGACGCGGCCCUCGCGGCCCUCGUCGCGCUCGACGACCUGUCCUACGGCCGCCGGUCCGCCGCGGAGCGCGAGAUCCAGAGCAAGGCGGGCCGCGGCACGUUCCUCGGCCGCUGGAACUGCGCCUUCGACGAGACGGGCGAGUUCCUGCUCUACGGCGCCAUGCUCGGCGUCAACGUCGUCCACGCGGGCUCCGGCAGGGUCGCCGCGGUCGUCGGCGCCAAGGACGAGUCGGAGCGCUUCGGCGCCCUCGCCGUCUUCGCCGGCGCCGCGAAGCUCGACGCGCAGGCCGAGCAGGCGCGGCGCAACCAGAAGGCCAUCGAGACGGGCGACGAGACGAAGAAGAACGUCAUGUCCAUGGGCUGCGAGCAGACCGAGGAGGGCACGCCGGACCCGUCCGUCUUCUGCACGUCGUUCAAGCGGAAGCGGUUCUACUGCCUGAGCCGCCGCGAGCCGGACCCGGGCUUCGACGGCGAGAACCUCGACGCGCGCGACGUGCAGAACGAGCUGCCCAGCGCCGAGGAGCUCGGCCGCCGCGCGGCCGCGAGCGCGCCCCUCGCGCUCGGCACGGACGCGCUCCUGCGGACGACCGCCGGCGACAUCAAGAUCAAGCUCCACCCGAACGAGUGCCCCAAGACCGUGGAGAACUUCUGCACGCACGCGCGCGACGGCUACUACGACGGCCUCCUCUUCCACCGCUGCAUCAAGCAGUUCAUGGUCCAGACGGGCGACCCGCUCGGCGACGGCACGGGCGGCGAGUCCAUCUGGGGCGGCGAGUUCCAGGACGAGUUCCACCCGUCGCUCAAGCACGACCGGCCCUUCACCGUGUCCAUGGCCAACGCGGGCCCGAACACGAACGGCUCCCAGUUCUUCAUCACGACGGUGCCGACGCCCUGGCUCGACAACAAGCACACGGUCUUCGGCCGCGUCUCCGUCGGCAUGGAGACGGUCCAGACCAUCGAGCGCGCGCCCUGCAACCGCUUCGACAAGCCCCACGACGACAUCAAGAUCAUCUCCGUCGAGAUCUCCACCGCCGGGGCCUAA